UCCAUUGUCAAAUCUCCCCCCACCUCCCCGACGUCUCUCUAGUCUCUCCGCUCCCCCGAGCCGAGUAUAAUAAGCUCUGCCACAUCCGAACUCGCUGAACAUUCCACCAGUACUGCCAGUACCAAGAUCCAGCCACCGUCAUUCUGCUGCUGGCAGACCUGGCAGGCAGCUCCCUCCGACAGAUCUCCUGAGCCCCUGUCCCCGGCAAUGGAGCUCUUCCAAGCAGGAGAGGAGCCGGCACACGAUUUCCUCUCGCUCCGCGCCGGAGGCUCGUCGCCGUUCCAGCGCAGGCUGCACUCCGCCCAGCAAGUACUGAAGCCCCUUGAGCCAGCCAAGCAGCGUGACAACGAUGGCAUGGAGGUUGCCGGAGACAUGGCGGUCGUUACGGCGGCAGAUUUGGUGGAGCAUGUGCUGCCAGGUGGCGUUGGGACGUUCAGCAUCAGGCAAGUGACUGACGCUCAGCUGAGGGAAGCAUCGGUCGCUGCCUCCAUGGUGGAGAUCGCACACGCGGCAGGAUCAGGUGCUACUGGUCGUGGUGCUCCGUCUACAAUGUGGCAAGAUUCCGGCAUUGAUAAGAGAUCUAGAGUGUCGAGAGCAGAGGGGAGGAGCAGUGGCAGCAGUGGCGAUCAGGAGCCCAACAGCCCGAGGUCAAAGCAUUCCGCUACCGAGCAGCGGCGGAGGACCAAGAUAAAUGACAGGCUUGACGUGCUUCGGGAACUCCUGCCGAACUGCAAUCAGAAAAGGGAUAAAGCUUCUUUCCUUCUAGAGGUUAUCGAAUACAUAAGGCACUUGCAAGAGAGAUGCCACAAAUAUGAGUCUGCUGUUCCAGACAAGAAUCACGUGGAUGCCAAAUCAAUGCCAUGGGACAAAGUGUACUACAGAUCACGAUGGAUGAAUGCACAGAACAUCAGUCAAGUCCAAGGAGGAGGUUUAUCAACUACUGGAGAACACAUGAACAAAGAACAGCACAGUUCCAAGAGCAUUACAGCUGCACCUGCUCCUCUCUUCAGCACACAAAGUGUAAGAGAAACUAGCACGACCGCCAGUUCCUCCCACAAUAUAACAGAGAGCAGUAUGCCUAGUAAUCAGCCACCGUGGCUGAGUAUGUCAACCAUGAACCAGAACUGUGAUGCAAGCAACAGAACUCUAAGCAAACACGAGCCACCAAGUCAUCACAAUAACAGUCAGAGUCUUUCUAGUGCUUACUCCCAAGGGUUGUUGUAUAAACUGAAAGAAGCACUACAGAAGUCAGGAGUAGAUCCAUCUCAGGCUAACAUAUCUGUAGAGAUCAAUAUGGACAGACGGACACGGGCCAAUGCUCAUGCAGAUGACAAUUCAAAGGCUAACGAAGGCAAAGAACCUAUCCACAUAGCCAAGAGGCUCCGGUGCGACUGAAGCUAGAUCUCUGUCCCAAACUAGACAGCCCAUUCAUCGCAAAGUUCAGACCAGGACUUUGCAGCAGCAAACUACAGCUGAUGCAAUUCUUUUAUUUAUAUUGCAGCUAGAUUUUUUUACUAACCUAAAGCUUCAUCUGUAUACCAAGGAAGCGGCUUUUGGGAGGGCACGAGAGUUCUCCCUGAUUUUUGUCAUUACUGAUUUUGUAAAUGCAGUUCAGAUUCUACAAUGUGUUUGUAUUUCUCCCUCAUUCAACUCAUUCUUUGUAUAGGAUUUGUAUCGAAAGAUAGAAUGCCAAUUCAACUCAUUUGAUAA